AGGCGAGGCAGUGCGAUGACAUUGAUGAUCUCUGUCUUGAAGCUGACCAAUGACAAGCUGACUCCGCCCAAUGAAGUCUCGCAUUACUCUGCCACCGCAUCGAGGUCAUCUACGAUCAUCAUUCUGUUGACGGCAAUAUGGACAGCUCCGAGGGAAGACGACCGAAGUGUGCAAGAUGUAGAAACCAUGGAGUUAUAUCGUGGUUGAAGGGCCACAAAAAACGGUGUUCUUAUAAAGAAUGCGUGUGUCCCAAGUGCAAUCUCAUAGCCGAAAGACAACGUGUAAUGGCUGCUCAGGUCGCGUUAAAAAGGCAGCAAGCUGCGGAAGAUGCUAUAGCGUUGGGAUUAGCUUCUGUUACUUCUGGAACUAAAUACGGAUGUUUACCACAAGGUCCCAUAUUCGGAAUAACAGUUCCGACCUCUAAAUCUCCCGUUGCUAUGGAAGAAACUACCCGGCCCGAAGAAAAUCCAACAGCUACUACUCAGACGUCGGAUGGAGCUAAAGGAGUAGUACCACCGGGUUCUCUUGAUUUGCUGUGUCGGUUGUUUCCAGAAAAAAAACGUUCAGUCUUGGAACUUGUACUGCGUCGAUGUGAACAUGAUUUGCUCAAGGCGAUUGAACACUGUGUACCUUUAUGUAAGACUUUGACCACCGCUCCCAAGUCUCGAAAAUCCAGCACCGACAAAGUAGACGUACCUCAAACCAAUACUAUUGGUUCCGCAUUUAUGCCUUGGGGCUUGCACCGUGAACCUCCAGUAGCUCAUCAAAAUACUCGGAGACAGCUGGCAACUAGAUUGACAUAUCAUGUACCAGAACCAACCACGUUGUUUCAUCAUUUUAGAGCACAAUCUACUGGAGUUUCUUGCGGGCCGCCAUUUUAUUUGCCGCCUUUUUUGCUUGAAUCAGCCGAGUCAUGUCAUGUGGCCAACUGUGCAGAAUGCGCAUCAGCUGCUGCUCAACAGAUAUGAAAUUCUCGAAAUCGCCAUUACCGUUAAUAUUCGAUUAAUAUUAAUACUCGAUUAUAUAUAUAUAUAUAUAUAUAUAUAUAUAUGUUACGGGCAAAGUAUACA